AUGGGUUUUUCGAAGUGGAUGGAUUCCUUGGAAAAACCCGAAGAAAAACCUCAAAUAGAAGGCGAAGGGGACCUGGACGAGGACGAGAUUUCCCAGCAAAUGACGCAAUCCUAUAGCGAAAUCUCAUCGAAAUCCGGCCAAAGCCCCGACGUAGAACUACCGAAACUCGACGAAAUCAAACGACCAGCCACCCUACCGUACACCAAUCCCAAACCCCUGAAUCUAGAAGGCUCCGUGCACAUCGAAGGCAACAUGACCCACUUCGUCGCAGAAGAAAUCGAACAAAAAAUCCGCCUAUCCAGCCCCGUAUCGAAGAAAGAGGCGCCGGGCAGGGCCUGCACCCCCAGCCCUCUCUACAGACAACUACUAGUACCUCAAGUAGGGCAAUUGGACUCGGCCCUUAUCAACGAUCUAGAAGCCGAGGCCCAUCGAAUGGCCACUUCGGUGGACAGCUUGAUUGAAAACUUGUGCGGAAUACUCCACUCGGUCUCCUCCAUCACAGCCGACAAUGUAGAUGUAUACAGAAACGCGGUGUCCAAGAUGAGCGACACCAUGGAUUCCAACAUAAAAAGCAUGUACACGAUGAUGGCCAAGGCUGAGGAGGUUACGCAGAGCAUGAAAGUCGUGGAAGGCUUGUCUGUUUGCAUAAAGGAAAUCAAACGAUUGGUGGACCUAUUUGAGACUUUUAUUUAA